UGUACGCUGUCGCAUUAACAGUAACUUUAAUUUUCAAUUAUUUAAAUUAAAAAGCAGUAGUUUUUUAAUAGAUCUAAACAUUAACGAAUGUUAAAAUCAAGAAAUUAACGGUAACAACGCCGAAAACAUUAUAAAAGUUUGCAUAUUUUUGUAGCUGUGUAGACUGUAGACGUGUAUUAUUUUCAGAUAAUUCUAAUCAUAUGCAAUCGAGGUAGCAAAGUUUGAUAACGAUAUUCUGAUUUCCUUAUGGAGGCAAAACUAAGAGAGUACCGCGCGCUUCGCAGGAGAAAGGAACUUAUAGAUAACGCGAAGGAACAACUUGAGAAGUCCAAAGAGAAAUUCUUCAAUUUUCUAGUUCCGAAAAUAUUCAACGACAUGGAAAAGGACAGAAGUGAGGAGGAGGUUUUACUGCUAGAAAACGAAAAUGAAUCAGACACAUCUGAUCCUAAAACAAACCUAAUAAUGGAAGAAUCUGUAGAUGCAGGUUGCGAAACUAGUGAAGUUGAAUCAUUUGUAGAAGAAAACCAAGAAUCCUGGAGAUACUUCAUACUAAAAUGGUCGAUAUAUGCUAUUAUUUGGCUUACUUUAUACACAAUCUUUCUACAACUACAAUUUGGAGCUGUAUUUUUUGUUGUAUCCAUCCUAAUAGGAAUAUGUUUAAAUACUAGGACUAGGCCGAAAAAGAAAGGGGAAGUGUCUGCGUAUAGUGUUUUUAAUGCAAACUGUGUCAGUAUUGAUGGGACUUUGAAAGCAGAACAGUUUGAAAAAGAAAUUAGGUUUGGUCCUGCUAGUGUAAGAUAAAAUUAAUUGAAUCUCUUAAUAAUUAUGUUAU